AUGGCACACGCUCCGUCUGCCACAUCUGCCGCUGUCAAGAAGGCAAUGCGACUAACGACAGCGCCAAUUGGAGCCGCCAAAUUAUUGUCAAGAUCUGUUCUACUCGACGCCGCCAGAGCGCGUCAGACUCAACCCGGAUCUCGCCUCUACUUGACCAGUGUCUCCAAUACAUCUGCCUCAACACCACAAGUUUCGAACAAUCGCGCAAUUCUCUUCCCAGGCCAAGGUUCACAAUACGUCGGAAUGGGCCGGGAUCUCUACGAAACCUACCCCAUCGCACGCCAAACCAUUGACGAGGCCGACGCCAUCCUCUCCUCCAUGCCGCCGUCCUUACCAUCACCAUCACCUCAAGAAGAAGGAUACCUGAAAAGAGUCAUGUUUGAAGGACCACAGGAAGAACUUACAAGGACCGAGAACGCCCAACCCGCCAUUUUGACUACUUCUAUCGCGUUGUUGAGGGUUUUGGAGACUGAGCACGGGUUGGAUUUGAAGGAGCAUUGUCGGUUUGCGUUGGGUCAUUCGCUGGGAGAGUACUCGGCUUUGGUCGCGACGCGUGCGUUGAGUCUUGCUGAUGCUGUUCGAUUGGUGAGAAUACGCGGAGAUGCAAUGACGGUGGCAGUGACGGACAAAAAGGGAAUGACGGCCAUGUCGGCACUCGUCGUACGUGCCUCUAAACUCGACGACCUCGUGAAGGCCAUGCACGACAUCCAAACCGAGCUUUCAUCAACGGGAGAAAUUGCCGAAAUCGCCAACAUCAACAGCGUCGUUAUCAGCGGAACGGUCAAGGGUGUCGACCAUGCUUCAAAGACCCUCCAGUUCCGAAAGAUUGCCGCCAGAGCUGUCGACCUGCCCGUCUCUCUGAUGGAACCAGCUGCGAGAGUCAUGAAAGAUGCCCUGGCAGAUAUCUCUUUCAAACAACCCAUCAUCCCCAUCGUUUCCAACGUCCAAGCCCAGCCCAUCGAGUCAAGCUACGACAUCCCAAGCCUACUGGUCCAACAGGUGACAGAAACAGUCCAAUGGCGCCAGAGUCUCGUCAACCUCCACAGCCAGCAGCAAUACAACAUCUCCGACUAUAUUUGUAUCGGCCCCGGAAAAGUCAUUUGCAAUCUCUUGCGCAAAGAGUAUCCCCUUGACACCAUCAGGUCUGUGUCGACAGUCGAGGACAUUCUGCAAUGGAAACUCUAA